UCCAUAAUUCCAAAAAUACCCUCGUAUCUUCAAGCAGGCAUGUCAAAGAACAGCUACUUAAUGCCCACUUGUAUAGCUUAAUGACAAGCCAAAUUUUAGAAGUUGUAGUGACUCCUCCAAUGAACAACAAUUGCAUCAAUAAAUUAGUGAUUCCAUUGAUUCAGUAAGCAAAUUGAGUCACAGAAAAUGGAGGAAACAUCUGAAGGGUCAUCAAUUUUACCGCAAGAAUUAAUUUUUGAGAUUUUCUUGAGGUUACCUGUCAAAUCCCUCUUGAAAUUCAGGUGUGUUUCGAAAUCUUGGCUUUUUUUACUCUCAAAUCCUCUAUUCAGCAAAACCCAUGUCGAUUUUUGCUCUAAAACCCCCAAAUUUACUGAUUAUAGACUUGCUGUGGUAAGUUCUGUUUCUGGUUUAGGUAGAAUCUGCCAUUUUUACAACAUGGGGUUUGAUAAUUCAUGCCUUAAUGUGGCUAAACAUACUUGUCCUGCUGAAUCGUUAGAUCUCUCAGCUCGGAUUUUGGGUUCUUGUAAUGGGUUGAUUUGUGUAACUAGUAACUCGUUUACAUUAACGGUAUUGAACCCAUGUACUGGAAUGUUUAAUGUGUUUCCUGAUUCAAUGCUUCGGAAUAAUGGCCGUGGUGGUGGUGGUGGUGGUUGUUAUAUUCGAUAUGGAUUUGGCUAUGAUGUGUCUGUUGAAGAUUAUAAGGUUGUUAAGAUCUUUAGUAUUCCUCAAAUUGAGGGAAGAUAUGAGAACAUGGUUAAUGUUUAUAGCUUAAAGGCUAAAUCUUGGAAAAUGAUCGAGGGAUUCAAUAGUGGUAAUUUAAAUGGAAAGGUUGGUGUGUAUGUAAAUGGGGCACUUCAUUGGGAAGUGCGCCAUAGUCAUUAUUCCGGUGGGUUUUGGGAGAUUGUUACUUUGAAUCUGGCUGCAGAGAGAUAUGGGACAAUAGCACUGCCUAGCUAUGAAGACGAAGGUGUUUAUUGGACGUUAGGUGUUUCGAGGGGGUAUUUAGUCGGUUGUUGCAACUACGAACAGAAUAAAGGGGAUGUGUGGGUGAUGAAGGAGUAUGGUGUCGAGAAAUCUUGGACUAAAGUGGUUACCAUCUCGUUACCCGUCGAUCGUUGGGCUUAUAUCUUACCAUUGUUUGUGGCUGAGAAUUGUGAUGAAUUUCUGCUGCAGCUUGGGGAAGAACUAGCGCUGUAUAAUUCAAGGGAUGGUUCAUUCACGCGUCUUGACGGUUACACAUCCGGUGGUGGUUUUCGUCAAGUUCAAGCGGUGACCUACUUUGAGAGCCUUGCUUCACCUCAUAUUAAGUGAAGUGAUGACAGGUUACAGUGUGAAGCCAGUGAAAUUAAAAGAGGGUAAAAAUCUUUCAGAUUGCCUUGUAUCCCAGUUCUCAUAUUUAGUGAUCACAUUUUGUCUCUGUCAUUGUGUUGUUUUGGGUUCUUCCUUAUCAUGUAAGAUGCUUGGUACUUCAGCAACAUUGAAAUACUAUUGUUAUCAUGCUCAAUAAAUUUCUAUCUUCCCAUGCAA